GUGAAUAGUGUGACACGAAUCCCCCCCCGACGGACAUGAACAGUUGAAUGAACAGCACCGUAAUCUUUUUUUUUCCCCAUCCAUUUUUUCCUCGCUUCACUGUAACGAACCCUCGACGUCGAGUGUGGAAAAAUGGAUGCGGGAAUAACAGCGGGAGCAGAAGAGUUCCGUUGGCGUUCCCUCAAAGUUGUCCUUUACAGACUGGAAGAUGUCAGCCGAGCCCAUCGUCCUAAGCACCAGGAGUCUGCAUCCAGCAAGGAGGAGAAAAAGUCGCCAUCCAUCAACGAGGAGGGCAGAUCAUCCAAAGUGUUGCUUUUAUCUUCUUCUUCAGAUGAGGCAGAAAUCAAUUAUGAGCGCACCAUCAAGGAGGAACAGAGCGCGGGAGCUAACAGCACUCUGAUUAGUUCUGACUGCCACUGUCCCAAUCCCACACUGACUGAAUUCUGCCGUGAAGAUUGCAAACAUAACAGCGAGUCCAGAACCGCAAACCCUUCUUUCUCCACGGAGGCGUCCACCAUCUACACCGGGCACCAAAGUCUGCGUGGUGUGACAGAGCGCACCAUCAAGGAGGAACAGAACGCGGGAGCUAACAGCACUCUGAAUAGUUCUGACUGCCACUGUCCCAAUCCCACACUGACUGAAUUCUGCCGUAAAGAUUGCAAGCAUAACAGCGAGGCCAGAACCGCAAACCCUUCUUUCUCCACGGAGGCGUCCACCAUGUACACCGGGCACCAAAGUCUGCGUGGUGUGACAGGUAUGCCAGUCAUGACAGGCGCUGUGUUCAAACGGAUCGGCAAACAAUGGAGCAAAAGCUCUAUGUUAACCAGGUUACCUAUCAUAUUGGUCGCGAUUCUUCUGCUCCUAACUGGUUUGUGCUGGUUUGGCCUACUGGGUCUGAGUAUUCUAGAGUUUAGGACUUCAGUCUCUGACAUCCCUAUGCCCACCGCACAUGAAGCUCUCGCUUCUGAAUGGACUACUAAGAAUCGAGCUGCUGCAGAAGACUCAAAGGAGGAAGCGACAGCAGCAUCUGAGUCGGCGCGCCUUGCUAGCAUGGAGAACAGCCUGGCGAAAUUGUGGGAGCGUGUUGAGGCUAAUGGCCGGCAUGCCGAGCGGAUGCAAGGCAAACUAAUCCGGAAGCUGUUCGAACUCAAGCAAGGAUGCGAGAAAAACAGACUGUGGCAGAAUAGCCUGGUGAAGCACCAAGUGGACACGUUGAGGGAAGCAACAGCAGCAUCUGAGUCGGCGUGCCUUGCUAGUAUGGAGAACAACCUGGCGGAAUUGUGGGAGCGCGUUGAGGCUAAUGGCCGGCAUGCCGAGUGGAUGCAAGGGCGAAUUAAGCAGAUCUCAUCACAAACAUUGAUCUUCAAGAUCUGCAAAGAAGUGGAGAAAAUGAAGAUCUUUCCUAAUGCGGAAAACGGAAGGAAGUGGAGCGACGAUAAGUGCUUCCAAAUUUCCGAGCCGGAGUUCGCGGCUGAAAUAUCCAAGUCCAGCAGAGCCAGAAAGCCCAUUUGCUACAUUGACUCCGAUUCGGACUAAAUUAAGUUCAUAAGUUCAUUUCAUCACGUUUUGCAUGUUGUUGUUUGAAGUUUUAGAGGUUCUUGAUGCAAAUUUUUCAUACG